CAAGUUUAUGAUACAUUGUGAUGGCGCCACCAUAAGCGCCAUCAAAGCUUAGGAAGAAGUUAGUCUUACUGUCUUAGUAGAUAUAUUUCGAGGUAAUCACAAUUAGGUGGAAAAGUUGCGCAUAUUCUUACUGCAUAGAUAGUGAGAUACUAAUUUUUAGCAAUGUCGGGAAAACUAAGGAAAAGUAAUAUCAGGUGGGAGAGUUCGACGGAGGAAGAUGAUACGUACGAACCAAAAUAUAAGAUAAGACUGAGAGAGUCAUUAAGGAAUACUCAACAAUCUGCCACAACCGAGAAUGACAUUGUUAUGGAACCACGAAAGCGGGGCCGAGGACCUUCCAAGAGGCCUUGCCUUAAUAGAAAUGCUUUGAUGGCUCGAGAAAAUAGACUGAGGAAGAAAGCGUAUUUAGAAAAGAUAGAAAAUAAACUUUCGUUUUAUCAGAAGGAGAACAAAAAUCUGGUUAACAUUAUAAAGAAACAAAGUAUAGAUAUUAAACGGUUGAAUGGCGAAGUUGCUUAUUUGAAGAGUGUGUUGAAUAAUAACACUAGCAUUACAGCAUUGCUCAAAACUAUCAACGAUGGUCUUCGUAAAAUUAAUGCACAAAAAAAGAAUUCAUUCCUACCAAACCAUAUUUCUGAAUGUUCAAAUGAAGCAGAUACGCAACAUAAGUGUACACGUUACACAAAUAUCAAGGAAAAUAUAUUAAACUCUCAGAGUACUAACAUAUUUAUUACAAAUGUCAAUAACGAUACAUUAGCAGAACAUAGUACAACUGAAAAUGAAAACAAUGAGCCUUAUAUGAAUCUCAGGAGACAAUAUACAUGUAAGGUUACCAACAUUGGCAAAAUCUCUUCAUCCUUUUUAGAUUUUGAUCAUACUUAUACUAUUUCCAAAAAUCCUACAGUUAACACCAAGAACAACUCACAGAAUAUGGAAACUUUUAAUGCAAUAACUUCAAGUACAAGUCCAAUAUCAGAAGAUGGUUAUAUAGAUAAUGUAAAAGACUUGGAUAGUUUGUUACCGAUUCCACAAACAGAUUUAUCCACUGUAGAAGAGAAAAAGGAUACCGAUACCAUUGGGAUUGACUUUGAUCAAUUGUCCACGUUCAAUAUGGAUAUAUUUGAGGAUUUACCUAAAUGUGACGAGAUCAUGAAUACAGUGGACAGUUUAAAUGAUACCUCUAAUCUUUUCACCGAAGAGGAAAUAUCCCAAACUCUGGACAACACUGGAAUCUGUCUUCAUGUCAAUUCAGAUAAAGUAUCAUUAGAGUUUUGUUCCAUUUGUCAUUUAAAUAGCAAAAACUCGGGAUCAAAUUGAAGGGGGAAUUGAUCGUUACUUUUAUAAAUUUACUCAAUGACGAGGUACUCGUAAAAGACGCCAAACCAAAGAUACUGGACGUAUUUGUCGAUCAGUGGAAUAUAAAUAAUUAACGAAAGUAAUAUAUUACUUUUGUAUUUUUCUAUGGAUUUUAUCUAUAUUAUGAAAAAUUAUUUCAAACGCAAUAGUAGAUGUACCCAUAUUUUCAGGCCUCUCAGGAAGAUGUAUAUCAGCGAUUAAGUCGAGGUGUUGAGGAAACACGAUAGAAUUAUUUUUCAUAUGGAACGAAAGUUGCGUUAAUAGUAUACAUAUUUAUAUACAUGUUUAUAGAUAUAUACAUUAGUGUAUACAUAUUACAUAAUAUACAAAUAUAUGUAUACUUAUAUGUGUAUAUGUACACACAUAUACAUAUGCAUAUAUGUGUAUAUAUUUUAUAAAUAAUAAAUUUUUUUAUGAAGAUAAAUUUUUUAGAAAUUAUAACUAGUAAUGUGUAGAGGUAUAAAGUAAUUUUAGCACAAGUUGCAUCGUUGCUAUUUUUCAAAGAUACUAUAUAAUAAACGAUUUUUUUUUUUUUUUUUUUUUUUUU